GCGAGUAUCCGCGAAUUCCCGGCAGCACGGGGCCGCAGUCCGCACAAUAAAGAAAAAAAUCCCGCGUAGUUAGGGGAACAGAGAGGCGGCGAGCGGCAACGGAGAGAGAGAGGACACGCGCGGUCCUAAUCCUCCUGGACGCCGAAGAGGCAGACUCGAUUAAUAGUCACGGUCGCGAGAGAAACGACGUCGUCCUCGGCGGAGCCUCGGGAUGGGACUCGUACUUUGAGCCGUGCUUCCGGAACGCGGUGCGCGUCGACGGGCCGACGUCCCCCGGCCAGGAACGCCGUCAGAGAACUUUAAACCGUCCGUCGGUUCGUAUGUCAUGCGAACGCGUCCCUGACCAGUGAAAGGAAAAACAGUUCGUUCUUCGCCGUUCCAUCCCCUAAGUGCGCGUCAAGAGACUUACCAUGAGGCCGAGUGCGGUUCUUCUGUUGCUGUUCCUCUGCACCCUGUUUCUCGCGUCUGAAUCGAAGUUACGCCAACAAGCCGCGGCGGUCGACGACGACGACGACGACGACGACGACUGGGACGACGACGAGGACGACGACGACGAUGAUCAGACCUACCAGCCUAAACCCGAGGUGGACGACGAUGGAAGGAUUUACAAGAAUCCCAGGAACUCACCGUCAGCGAUGUGCCCGAGGGACGAGCAGCAGGCUGGGCUGCUCGGCCAGAAGUGCUUGAGGAAAUGCUCCACCGACGAGGAUUGCAAGAGCAAGAAGAAGAAGUGCAGGUGCGACGGUGCUUGCGGCAUGUCCUGCAUCAAACCGGAGAGGGAAUGCCCGCCGCUGACGGACAUCCAGCACGGCGUGAUGACCGUCACCGGGAGAUUCUUCGGUGAUCGAGCUCAUUAUAUCUGCGAUUCUGAUUAUUUCACCGUUGGCCUGACCGAGAGGACCUGCCGAGCCGAUGGACACUGGAGUGGCACCACGCCGUCGUGCAAGAAGGACCCGACUUCGUUCUGCUCGCAGCCGCCGAAAGUGAAAAACGCGCGGCACAACGGGCUCGUCGAACAGACGACCUUCGACCUGGACAGCGUCAUUCAGUACUUCUGCGACCACGGAUACGUGACCAACGGGGUUAGGAAGGCCAAGUGCCUGUUGAUGGAAGGUGUCGCGAGCUGGUUCGGCCCUGAUAUCACCUGCGAGCCGAAGAAGUGCGAACCACCGGCGGACAUCCCGAACGGCUGGCACGGCGGCGAAUGUUACACAUACGACUGUCGUGUAUCAUAUUACUGCGCUGACGGCUAUGAAUUAGUUGGCAAGGCCGAAAAGAUCUGCUUGGCAGAUGGCACAUGGGCUCCAAAGGAAUCGCCACAAUGCGUGCAAGUUACCACGGUGCAAUGCCCUAUACCAGAAAACCCUGUAAAGGGGAAGGCGGUGUACACCUCGUACGCAUACAAUUCCAUCGUGCAUUACGAAUGCGACUAUGGGUACACAGUGGUAGGCGCGGGAACGAGACGCUGCGGCGCUGACAGAAAAUGGACUGGAAAGAUGCCCACUUGCCAGGAAAUUAAUUGCGGUUCACCUGGCGUUCUCUAUAACGGUUGGAUUGAGAAUAUCGAGGCUGGUACGGGCCUAGGCGCGAGCAUAAUAUUCCGGUGCAACGAUCACAUGAAGCUCGAGGGAAAUACUUCGUCCGUCUGUCAGGCCGAAGGGAAAUGGCGUUACCCGUUGCCGCAGUGUUUGGCCCCGUGCGUGGUCCCCCAGAUCGAAAACGGCAACGUUACCGUGGCUAGCCACGAGAACGAUCACAUCAACAACGUCACCGUUGUGGAGCACGGCGAGAGGCUUCUAGUCUCCUGCGUGCAGAACUACGAGUUCGCGGCUAACAGCACUCCAGUGGUAUGCAACAAUGGCACCUGGUCCAUAGUGCCCAGCUGUUCGCCAGCUAGGUGCAAGCAGAUGCCGAAACCGCCGAAAAAUGGCAUGGUGAUCGCGCCGAAGACGGACCACGGGAUGAGGGCUGUCUUCAAGUGCAAGGACGGAUUCGAGCUGAUUGGAGGUGGACCAAUGAACGACUCUAUAUCUGUUCAGUGCCAGUAUGGCAACUGGACUGGGGACAUUCCUCAGUGCAGCCAAGUCUUCUGUCCCUUCCCCGGGUUCCUUGAGAACGGGAAAGUCUUUUUAGUGGGCAACAUGGGGGUCUACGAUUAUAGACCAUACGUUAAGAAGGUUGUGAACAACAAGCAGAUCAUGUACGACUGCGAUAAGGGAUUCGUGCUGGACGAGGGACCUACCGGAGCAACUUGCAUCGGUGGCAAGUGGAGUCCUAAGGACUUACCGAAAUGCAUCCCUGGUCAGCAUCCCAGACUGCGGUGGAGCAGACGCAAGAGGUCCAUUAGCGACGAGGAUCUUACUAUGAGCUACAGAAAAUUCAUCGAGUUCUUCCGGAAGAUCGGCAAGAAGCUCCUGCGCCUAGAACUGAACAAGAGCAAGGAUCACGGGAAGCACAAAGUGAUAAAGUCCACCAAUAUCACCCACCACGAGAACUCCACGGACAGUUUGUCCUGGAAGAAGCACUUAAGCCACGGGAACCGGUCGAAACUUCGCGAGGAGAAAAUGAUCGACUUCCUGGAGAUCGCCUACAGGAAGCUACAGCGCAUCGACGCGAGACAGUCGAACAACUCGGCCAACGGAAGCAUGCACGAUCUGCUGAACGCGAUGAGCAAAAACUUCUUCCACGUGGACCUAUCCGAGUCGCGCCGCAACAACAGUCGGAACCGUUCGGACUUCGAGAUACGGAACCAACACGAGUUCAUCAAACUGAAACGAAAGUUCGAGAAGAUCAUGAGGUUCUACAACAAGUCGGUGCGCUGGAACGAGAAGCAGGGUCGCAAGGAUUCGAAGAAGAAAGGUCAGCCGCACGACAAAGGCAAAAAGUCCAAAGACAAGAAGAAGCACAGGAAGAACUACUACAAAGGAUUCUAUGAAUUCGUGAACAGCUACGUAACAGAGAAGCUAUCGAUGUUAGAGGCUCAGAACGCCACAGAGGAGCUGAUCAAAAAGAUGAACAUCGAUAAAUUCACGGUGAGGAACGGCAGCACGUUCACGGUGGGCGAGAUGUACGCGUUCUUCAAACAUAUCAUAGAGGCUAAACUGAACAGCAGCGAGGAGUCACCGGAGCCAUCGACGACAUCAUCGUCUACGAGUACCAGCACGACCACGGUAUCGACCACGUCAACGACAAGCACAACAAGCACCACGUUGGCAACACCCAGGGAGAUCGAAAGCCACGAGAAUCGGUCCUCGGUAGCUCCUAGCAAAGAGUCUUCAGUGCUGGAUAACGAAAUCCCCGCGAAAGAGGACGUGCCGAAGCACAGGAGCAAACGGAUACGAAACACUUCGGAAGACGCUGGUCCAGUUCGUCAGAAGAGGAGGCUGCUAGCAUUGAACGAUUCCUUGAUGAGGAAAGGUGGAUCGAGGAGAGUGAGAAGGGCCGCGAGACGAUCGAGGGAGGCCUACAACGACGACAGAGCCAGGCAGUUCACGUUCAACGAGCUCGAGGCUCAGCAGCAGAGCCGCUCGAAACGAUUUCUGCCACCGUCGGAGCUGGAUAAUCAAAUAUUUCUAAAGAAUUUGUAUCUGAACGCGUACGAGGACGAGUACCGGGCGAACGUGAAGCGGUCGAUCGGCCAAGGGAACCGCACCAACGAGCAACAACGUCAGCCGGCCGUGUACAGGAGGCGCAAGGGCAACCUGGACGCGUACGAGAUCAAGUGAGCCGCUCGGGAUCCCAUUGUGUUGUGAUAUUAACGGAAUUUAUUAAGUCAUUUACCGAUAUCAAUCGAUUUUAGGCGAGUAUACACCAUAUUACGGAUAGUUGUAAUCGUUGUCCCAGAAAGUCGAUGCGCAUUGUAACCGCGUGUGUCGAGCUUUUUUCAAUGAGUCAAGUCUUUUUCCAUGCAAGUCUCGGUGUGUGUCCCUCGGUAACAACGGGCGUCGUCAAGAUAGUUUCGACGGUAUUUUCGAACGCGAUGUGAGCCGGUAGAUUUGUCGUCGUUGCGUUGUCGCGUAUUCGGUGGAUCGGUGUUUCGCGUGUCGCGGUGGUUCCCGUGGACAGGCCGUGAGACCUUUGCAGUUCGAAUCGAAAAGGUGACGGUAGCGGGAUGAUUGUCGACGGGUUGUUGCCUUGAUGCUGUUCGUUCGUUGUGCGACAGGGUAUUCUGUUAGUGGAGUUUUAGUCGUUAUUGUUCGGUUGCUCUGCAUGCGCUUGCGGUUACUCGGGAGGCUCUGCGCGCUGUUGAAAAUUGUUCAGAUAACGGGAUCGUGCCCUUGCACGUCGAUUUUGAUAACGUUUCCGUGGACAAUGGUUUUUGGAGAAGUAUUUGGUAACUACGAAAGAAAAGGGAAGUAUUUGCUUAAUGUCUUGGAGAUUUUAGUUUCUCCAGUAAUUUUUCUUACUGAAUUUUAAGUGGUUUUCAUGUGAAUUUUCAAGUUUAACAAGAGAGAGAAGAUUUUCAGUUAAAUUAUGAGAAAGUAGUUUCGUUUUACUCUUUAGUUCACGGGAGUUUCCAACCGUUAACUUUGAGGGCUUUCAACUUCCGCUCCUUUAACGUGAAUGGAAAACGAUAAAAAAAGAAGUACAAAUACUUCGCCAAGAACUAGUUUUAAUAUAAAUUUUAUCAAAAUCGAUGUGUACUGGCUCGAUUUAAUCCUUUAAAAAAUGAGGGAGAUGUUUUGGCAUGGUGGGAUAAAUUGGAUGGUGUGAGAUGCUUUCAGGUUCUAAUUUGCCAUAUUUUUCUAUAUUACCGAUGAGACAAUCUUUUCAACAUGGCGCUCAGUGAGGAGCACGUAACUGUGCAGUUACAUCUCAGAAUUCAAUCAUCAAUCAGGAUUCAGCUGUUUCGCAUGCGCCAAGCCAAUUUAAGACUGAUAAACUUCGCAUCUUUCACAUGAUUGGUAAAUAUUCGAAAUUGAUUUCCACUGUUUUGAAUAGCAUCGUUCUUUAAAGAAGUUUCACAUCACGCAGAAAAAUCGAUUUCUUUCUAAACUACCUUAAAAUUCAACACUUUCUUAUGAAAAAGGACACUCUGAAAACGUCUUACAAAAAUUCACACAGCGCAUUCAAUCGAAUUUACGUUUACAUAUUGUUAUUAAGAAUCAAUUGAUCUAUUCCGUCGCGAAUCAAUAUGCUAACCAAUAUUUAACGACGGAAGAAGUGGCCAAAUCUAUAUCCGAAAUCACUAUUCCUGUAUAAAGUCUCACACUAUAAUAAUCUUUAUAAAGUGCACGUACUCAAAGAUAAAAUAAUUUACGCCAUAUCUUCGUAAGUAUAUCGAUAAGUACAAAUCGUUUCAUUCUCCUCUAUACCGAGCGACUCUAUCUCUCUAUAACUAAAUGUAAGGAGUACCAUAUUUUUGGCUCAGACACUUUCGGUCAGCAAAAAGGGGAGGAUUCGAGCGGUAAGUUUAAUAUUAAAAGAAAAAAACGAUAUUAAAAGAUAUCAAUGAAAAUCAAAAUACACGUACGAUUCAACUGCAAAGGUUCGAGUUACACAUUAGACCUAGCUGCUGCUACAUCUAGAGAUGCUUGCGGCGGAGAUCAUUGAAAGUAACAGUUUCUUUGUCAGUCACCUUUUCCACACAGUAGUCACGCUCACGUCGCGAAAGAGAGAACGAGAGAGAACGAGAGAGAGAGCGAGAGAGCGAGAGAGAGAGAGAGAGAGAGAGAGAAAGAGAGAAAAAAAAAGAAACGUACAUUUUAAGCUGUUCGGGGUAAACUCGUAAUUAAGUAGUCGGCUACGUUCAACGUUGUAUUUUAAGUAACGUUUGUGUGGGAGUCGCACGGAACACGUUCGGGGAGAGAAAGAAGAGCUCGUCGAAUCGAACGAUUUAAAUCGUCUAAGCAACGAUUUCUUUCGUUUUAGAAAACGGUCGAAUUUAGUUUCACUUGAGGGCUGUGUUUGUUGAAUGUUAUACACCGGUUAAUAUAUAAGUUUUUUGUAAAACUGUUGCAUCGGAACCGAACGCAUCGCGAAACUGUUGUACAUAUAUACGUUCCGUUUUGACAUCCCUUAUUCCUCGGUUCGAUUGCCAAUUCGAUCGAAACGAGCACGAUCGUAUCGAUAUAUUCCCGUCCUUCUCUUCUCGUGAAAUUAAUUUUUACUUGCGCAUAUUCAAGGCUCGUAACUCGCGUUCGAGCCGUUUGUAUCGAUCGGUCGAUCGACCUUCCACUGCAUCUCACACAUACAACACACACACAGACGCGCACACGUACACAACAGAUUACACACGCAGACGUAUCGAUACACGGACAGUUCAUACACGUGCAUUUUUAUGAACAGAAACACGGAACGCCAUUGGACAAGUAUCAUUAGUGAAU